GGCAGAGCCAAAAGGCUAUACGCGGAACAGUGUUGUCAGUCGCUGGCGCUCGGAGGGAAAAUAAGUACGACAAAGUUGUUGUUAGACACGAACUAACGUGAGCGAUUCAACAUGGCCUCUGAUCAGGUUUACUCGCCCACGACGGCGCCAAACCCAGGCUCGUCUUGUCUGCUCAUCCCCUCACAACAUUUGAGCACACAACGCUUCAUCCUCAAAGUCUUGCAAGUGCUGAUGUCGCUGGUGGCCUUCAUCCUGGAAGAGCUGGUCUACACCUGCGUCCAAUGCUCGCCGCUGGAGUUCUUUGAGUUUGUCAGCUUCGCCGCCUUCCUCUUCACCUUGGCGCUCGUCAUCGUCCUGUCCACCAAGCUACACACAAAGCUGGUAGCAUCCUGGGUGUCCAUAAUGGACUUUGUGUACACGAGCGUCAUGGCCUUAUUCUUCUUCCUGGCCUCCAUCGUGUUUGCAGCCCUGAACAGCGGCACGGCUUUGGAGACGAGCGCUGCGGUGUUCGGCUUCAUCGCAACGGCGGUGUUCCUGUUCGACGUGGUGAUAUUCUGGAGAACCUGCGGGCUUCCCUUCUGCAAAGGCGAGAAGGCGGCGCCGAGUAACGGCAACCUGUCGGCGGCGGCGGAGGCUCCCACAGAGACGGAGAAGCUGAACACAGACGACAAAGCGGUGCCAUAACUGUUUACUUUGCUUGCGUGUGCGUCUGAAGGACAUGCAUGUUGCACGAUAGUCCACUAGACGGCGCUCUCGCACCCUUUUUCCAAAUCUUUGUACGGUACUACUGAGGCCUUGUGGCCUGCUGAGUGCGCCACUCAGGAAUCAAUCAGACAGUAAGGAUGUUCUGGUAGACCAGCACUUGCAGUAAAUAUUCAGCUUUCAGGGUUAUCAUUGGAAGAGUUUAGACGGUACAAGGUUUGUCUUUUCAUGCUUUUUUGUCAGCUUUCUCGCCAACUACACGUGAAGACAAAAUGUGGUAAAGAAACGCACAAUAUCAAUAAAGAUUGUUGAUGAAAUCCAAAAA